AUGACUGACCCGCUCUGCAUUGCUGCUGGUGUAGCUGGUGUCCUUUCUCUUGGACUCGAGUUCUGCAAGGGGAUCAUCAACUACUGCGACGCAUGGCGGGGUUGGGAUACUGAGAUCGCGAGCCUCACGCUCAAGGCUGAACAACUACCCCACACCCUGAGUCACUUGAGGGGAGUGUCAGACGACGCUGAAGGUCUAGAUCUGGCGCUCACAAAUAAUAUCCGGGGAAUUGCACUGUCAAACAGCGCGCAAAUCAUCAAGCUCGACGAACGGCUCGUUAAAUGUGGCGUUGCUUCUGGUCAAGCGACUGGAUUCCACGACAAGGUUCGCGAUGUGGUGCGGAAAGCGAGAUAUCCGUUUGCAAGGGAGAUGCUAUUGCGCAUGCAGGAUCUUUUGUCUGAGUUGCAGACGAACCUCCAUACGGCUCUUCAUGUGCGGUUGUCCUGA